GUUGACGAGGUCGGAGGGGCCUGGGAAAGGGUCGAGUGACAGAGGUGGUUAACACAUCGACGUGAUUGGACCCGUAAGCACAAGUCGUGGGCGGUUAGAGAAUGAGCUCGGGCCAAUGAGACCCCUUGCCACUUCUCUCCUGGCAGGCGGAGAGUGGAGCGCACCUGCCAAGGGACCAGGGGUGAGACUGGGGCCGUCUGGUGUGCCGUCAGAUCAUCGCAUCCCUCCUCAGUACUUGGGACCAGAAGGAAGGGACGAGAUGGCUACCUAAAUUCUCGCUUGGAGAGCACCGCGAAAUCAGGUAUCUUUCCUGUCUUUUCUGCCAUCCCAGC